AUGCGUGCCAUAUCGCUAGUUAAGAAAAUAGAAUUUGAAUUUGCAGGCAAUGUGGUUAGGAAUGCUUUAACUUUGGGUGAUGUCGAUAAUGAUGAACUCAAUGAACUUAUUAUUGGUAAUGACUUAGGUACAGUGGUUAUAUUUAAGGGAAAUGAAGUGUUACAAACAAUUCCAAACUUGAGUUUUAUUUCUUGCGUAGCAGUUGGUAAAAUAACCAAUCAAGAAAGAAACAGUUUGAUAAUAAUUACCAGUGAUGGUUGGUGUUAUCUUUAUGAAACUGAAGUCACUUCCAAAUCUGUUAAUAAUAAAGAUGAGGUAGAUGGUCAGACUCAAUCCUCUUCCAGUGUACCCACCACAGAAACGCAGAGCAGCAGUGAAUCAACUACAGGGGAUCAUAAAUUAAAAAACAAAUCUUCAAAAAAUCUAUUGGUGCAGGUUCAUGUUCAAAGAAUACCUGCCAAUGUGAAAAAUAUAGUCUUAGGGGAUGUCGAUGGAGACGGAGAAGUAGAAAUGGUAAUCGGAUUAACAGAUAGGGUUGUACGUUCCUAUCGGUGGGUCAGUAAUGCCCCCAUUGAUGGAGAUCAAUGUCAGUUGUCACACAAACCAUCAGGCAAAUUUGUGGCUUUGCACAAGUGGGAAUGUGCUAAGCAGAUCGGAUCUAUUACUCUUCACUAUUCUGCAGAUGGAAAACCGUCCAUUCUUGUAGCUCAGCCAGGUGGCACUUUCAUGAGAAUAAAAUGUCAUUCAUGUAACAUUGAUCAGAGUCCAGAAAACAGCUCCAGUGGUGAAAACCCUUGUGGUUCAGUUGACUAUCAAUUUUUAGGAAUCUCUAGAAUGAGAAAUCAGAAUAUUUCUACAGAGAUUCUUGGUGAUUUAAAGACUAGUGAUGACCAGGAAAAUAGCAAUAAGAGUAGACCAUAUGCGGUUGCAACUUUAGAUGGUACAAUAAUGUUGGUACAGGACGAAGUCAUCUUGUGGGCGAUUGCGGUAGACCACCAAAUUUUUGCACUUACCAAGCUUGAUAUUACCGGCAAUGGAACAGAUGACAUUGUUGUAUGUUCUUGGGACGGGCAAACAUACAUUUUGGAUCAGAAAAAGAAUUCGGUGAGGUUCCAUCUGGAGGAACCUGUGCGGGCCUUCCACAGCGGCUGGUAUAGUUUAGGACCUGGGAUAUCUCAAGUAACCGCUUUGAUUUAUGUCACUUUUAAAAACACCGUGAUUAUAUACUAUGAUAUACCCUUGAAAGAUUUGAUUUGUAAAAAAUUCGAACCUGACCUCGUAAAACUGAGUCAGCUUUUCAUUAACGAAGACCGUGAUGCUGACCAGGCUUUGCAGUAUGUGAAGGCGAUGGAUAAAAAAACUAAACGAGAACUUGUGGAAUACUUGUUGUACCAUGUAAAAUCUUGA